GGCGGCUUUCAAACGCCAGCUUGCAGGGUCCUUCCCACCGCUGUCCCCGUGUGCUGCCGAGAAAAGGAACAAAAAAUGAAGGCGUGUGGUUAAAGCGCAUCCGCUGCUGGAAGGGCUGGCGGAGCAGGAGCAUUUGGGGGCAGAAAGUCAAAUCAGUGAUUUUCUAGAUAAGAAAUUUCAGUAUGACAGUAGCAGGAAAUGAUCUUUUGUCGUCUCUCGUCUCCUCCAGCUCCUCUUUUUAAGCAAAAGUCUCUCCCAGAAAGUCAGCCUCUGCUGAUAGUCCGGUGUUCCACACGUCCCCCGCGGAUAUUUCCGAGCUCGGGAGGGAGGCAGGGCCGUGUGACCGAACCAGCUCUGAUCGUUUGCCAGGUCGCUUCCCCAGCUUUAUAGGCCUUUAUCAGAGUGUUUGUGUCUGUCGCUGACACACAGAAGUGGAUUAACCCAAGACUGAGGCACACAGAGGAUUCCAGCUUUAUGCUGCAGUUUGGUGGAUUCUGCUAUAUUACCAAGUCUUAAAUUUUGCUAUGAUUGUGUCUUCUGCCCUAAUGAUCUGGAAAGGGCUGAUCGUGGUGACUGGCAGUGAGAGCCCCAUUGUUGUGGUGCUCAGUGGCAGCAUGGAGCCAGCUUUUCACAGGGGAGACCUGCUGUUCCUAACAAAUUUCCAUGAUGACCCAAUCAGAGCUGGUGAAAUAGUUGUUUUUAAAGUUGAAGGCAGAGACAUUCCAAUAGUGCACAGAGUUAUCAAAGUACAUGAAAAAGGAAAUGGGAACAUCAAAUUUCUGACUAAAGGGGAUAAUAACGAAGUUGAUGAUAGAGGCUUGUACAAAGAAGGUCAGAACUGGUUAGAGAAGAAAGAUGUUGUUGGAAGAGCAAGAGGGUUUUUGCCCUAUGUAGGAAUGGUAACUAUAAUAAUGAAUGACUACCCAAAAUUUAAGUAUGCUCUCCUGGCAGUGAUGGGAGCAUAUGUACUGCUCAAGCGGGAAUCCUAAACACAAGAACAAAGGGAAAUAUUCAGGGGGAAAAAACUAAUAUAUUUCAGAUGGUUUCAUUUCUGUAUACGGUUACAAAACUGUGCAAGCUUUUGUCUUGUCUAAAUAAACGACACCUAAUGAGUGAA